GUUAUUUUGAUGACGUCAAACAAAGAUGACCUUUCACCCUCUUUUCCCAAGAUGGCUGCCCAGACAGACGCGAAGAAGACGAUGCCCAAGUACAUCAAGUUCCUCUUCGGAGGGCUUGCGGGCAUGGGUGCAACUCUAUUUGUUCAACCUCUCGACCUGGUGAAAAAUAGAAUGCAGCUAAGUGGUGAAGGAGGAGGAAAGAGACAAUAUAAGACCAGUUUUCAUGCUGUGUCAAGUAUAUUGAGAAGUGAAGGCAUCAUUGGCAUGUAUACAGGGUUGUCUGCAGGACUGCUACGACAGGCCUCCUACACCACUACACGUCUGGGCAUCUAUACCAUCCUGUUUGAGAAGUUUAGCAAGGAUGGCCAGCCUCCCAACUUCUUCAUGAAAGCUGGGAUAGGUAUGACAGCAGGUGCAAUCGGUGCGUUCGUUGGGACUCCUGCUGAGAUCUCACUUAUAAGGAUGACAGCUGAUGGGAGAUUACCGGUAGCUGAAAGAAGGAACUACAGCAGUGUUUUUAAUGCCUUGGCUCGGAUAACUAGAGAAGAAGGCCUCUUUACACUAUGGAGAGGUUGUGGCCCUACAGUGUCUAGAGCUGUAGUGGUGAAUGCAGCUCAGCUGGCGUCUUACUCUCAAGCCAAGCAGUUCCUGCUGGGCACAGGUUGGUUCGGAGAUAACAUCCUGUGUCACUUUGCUGCCAGUAUGAUCAGUGGUCUGGUCACCACUGCUGCCUCCAUGCCAGUGGACAUUGCAAAAACCAGGAUACAGAACAUGAAGGUAGUUGAUGGGAAGGCGGAGUACCGUGGAGCGCUGGACGUGCUGUACAAGGUGAUCAGGAAUGAGGGUCUGUUCAGCCUGUGGAAGGGCUUCACGCCGUACUACUUCCGCCUGGGCCCCCACACCGUCAUCACCUUCAUCUUCCUGGAACAGAUGAACCGCAUCUACAGAAAGUUGGUCAUGGGGGAGGAGGGGACGGGAAGCAGCCUCUAGGAGGAAGGGCUGGUUUCCUCACAGAUAUUCCUGGGUACUGUCUUGGUUCACAGCUUAUAGCUGAGACAGCACCCAGCCUACUGUAACACUUGGCUGUAGUAUUGUUCGCAUCUCUCAGCUCGUUGAACAGAUUAAUAUAGAAGGCACUCCAACAGAACCAUCUGUUACAGAUUCAGUCCUAUGUAGAUCAUAUACCGGUACCAUUUACUGAUGGCAUCAUUGAACGAUACAGUAAUUAUGAUAAAAAAUGUUUCACAUGGGUACACUAGAGAUCAAUGGACUGGGGGGAAAAGCUUUGUCUCCCUUAUUAUUACUAGAGGUGUGAAAGCCUUGUAGAUGUGAUGUACCUCCAAAAUUUGGAUAUGCUGCUUGAAGCAGUUUUUAAAAGUGCAAGGUUCUCUCUUAAGUAUGGUUGGAUUCUGUUGGAGCAAGCAAGGAGUGGUUGACAAUAGGAAGACAUGUGACAAGAUUGUCCUUAGUUGGGCUAAAGUUGCCCCCAUAUCUGUACCGUUCUUAAUAUUGUAUAGUCUGGUGAAUUCUUCACUCCCAAAUGUCUAUAUUUGUAUGUGAACAAACUAUUUAUGACAUGUGGAUACAAACCUCUAGAUCUGGAGGAUUUAGGUGCUGCAUUUGUCCUAUCGAUGGUGAACUGGGGACCAUCUUGUCACAUGUUGGAGCUGAGAGUUAUGCAAUAAUCACUACUACUGCAAUGAAAUCAAUCAAUCAAACAAUGUGGCUUGGUAAAUGCUCUAGAUAGCUGGAUACUAUGCUGAAUCAUACUGCCUGCCAAGGUCUAGAAAUGUUGUGAUUUACCACCCAGUAAUAAUUUGUAAGAUGGUGAUGGAGUAAUAUUUUGUUAGAACAUAGACAGGUGGUAUCUAUCUGAUCUAGACCACUUUGAUUGGAGUAUUAAAAUCUAGCCCAACUCAGGUUAUUGCCAACAGUGAAAUGUUGGUAUGUAGCUCUGCAGAUGGGAGACAAAGUACGUAAUGUUGUAACAACCUGUGGUAGCAUGCGGAUAUGACAUCGCAAAUGUUGUGGCUCAUCCUGACAAUGGGAAGAAUCAGAUCUUAAGAGGUGUACAUCCCUCAUUUUAAGAUGGAAAUAAAUUGUCAUGUAUCAGCACUGUUAAAGCUUUAAUCAUGAGGGAAAAUGAUAUUAAGUAUUUUACUGUUUAUGUACACAUUUAGCAACAUGUUAGUAAACUGCCAGUUUUACCAAUAGUAAUGAAUAUACUUAAGUAAUUUUUUUUUGUUAUCAGACAUUUACUUGUUAUUUUAUUGAAGUUAAUUGCACCUGAGAAGUCAUAUCAGACAUAAAACACA